CAGCCCUGAAAGCAUUGGGUUCUGAAUGAGGUGUUCAUGCACAGUUUUGCUCCCUCGGAAUCAAUUGCCAAUAUAGAUGGUCGGUCAGACGCCAGCCUACAGAAUGUAAACGAGAUUAUGGAAGGGACGAUUGCAAAUCAAAGUCCUUACGAGACCCAAGGAAUCGACUUCAGCACCCUAGAGGCAGCUCUCGCUGCGUACUUUGAUUUCGCAUCUCUAGUUCUGCCCAUCAUUCACAGAGAUGCAUUGAUGGCAGAGUAUGAGAGCCGUCGAAGUAGCUCCGCUCUCAUUUUUGCAGUGGCAUUUCGAGGUUGUCCCUUGUCCCUUCAUUCCGUUUCGGACAAGUGGAACUUGCAGCAGCAAAUUGCUUUUGGCUUCAGGCUGGCAUUUCUGGAAGCGCAAAACAAUGCAGCAUCUAAGCAAACCAUUAGACUUGAUGAUCUUUAA